UUUAAUUCUCUAUCUUCUUUUGACUUUAUUCUUCUCCCCAAUUUAUACUCUCUCUCUCUCUCUCAACAAUAAUAACCCACCGGCGAUAGAUGGCUAUGCACGGCGGCGAUCGGUUCCAGCGACGGCGGAGCCUCCAAGAGCGGCUAGGACUUGCAUGUUGUGGGUCCACUUGGGGAAUCGGAUCCUCCACCAUGCCCAUCCAUGACGAUGAUGACGAUGAUCAUAAUCUUGUUGACCCGGUUGACGUUAUUCGGACCCUGCCGGAGUUAAAUUCGGAUCCUGACUGUAUUCCCGCAUCGCCGCGUAUGAAUCUUGCCGCCGCAUUGGCAGCUGAACGGUCAACGGUGGUGGUGGCUGAACGGGACUCUCGGUCAACGGGUGAACCGUUGACCACAAGUGUCGGGAAUACGACACCGGUGGCGACGCCUACGAGGAUGUCGUUGAUGAGAUUGUUGGAAGAAACGGACGAUCAGGAUGAAAAGGGGUGCGAUCUGGUGUGUUGCGUGUGUAUGGGGAGGAAGAAGGGUGCAGCGUUCAUACCGUGUGGACACACGUUUUGUAGGGUGUGUUCGAGGGAGUUGUGGUUGAACCGGGGUUCGUGUCCGCUUUGUAACCGUUCGAUAAUCGAAGUCCUAGAUAUAUUUUAAACUAGUUUUAUAUCCGUCUGGUGGUGACUGUUAUAUAUUUACUCUACAUCCAAAACCUAGUAAUGUAGUGGAAAUCAUUCAAUUUAUCAUUGAGUGCAUGUAUGAUAAAUUAUUUUAGAUUGUUUUUACAUGUUAUAAUUUAUAAUUGUUUUGUAGUAGUGAAUCUUACAAAUA